AGCACGCCAUUCACAAUCACAGCGCCCAUGUGAGCGACGGUCCCAUUCAUAGAGAUCGUGCACAGUUACCAGUGCGCGCCCCCGACACCGCUGGCCGUAUGCAUGCGCUGCGCGCCCACGCCGCUGUGCCUCGCUCACACACAUCAUUCACAAUCACUAGUCCCUGACUCCUGCUGCUGCUAGUCCGGGGAAUGCUGCUUGGUCCAGAGCCCGGGUGCUGAGAGGGGGAUGGCGGCGGCACGCGUGGAAUACAUCACUCCUUGGUGGGUUUAUUGGCUCCAUAACAUCCCGCACCUGGAUUUGUCCCUGACACAGACGAGCAGCGACUUUAACCCCACGGACUCGGGUUACAAGCAGUCACUGCUGUUUUGGGCCCUGGUCAUCGCCAUCUGUGCUUUUCUCAAUCUCCUUUUUGUGACCAUCUAUCUCAUCUGUUUCUGUUGCUGCAAGAAAGAGGAUGAUACUGAAACAAAGAAAACAGGUUCCUGCUGCAUUACAUGGACCGCCACCGUCUCAGGCCUACUAUGCUGUGCUGCAGUUGGCAUCGGUUUCUAUGGCAACAGCGAGACCAAUGAUGGCAUUUACCAGCUGACCUACUCCCUGGAUGAUGCCAAUCAUACCCUAGCAGGGAUUGAUUCGUUGGUGUCUGGCACAAACUACAAGAUGAAGGAAAGUCUGGAUCAGCACCUGUUGCGCCUCAAUGAGAUAUUUGCAACACAUGGAGAUUACGUACAGACCCUGCGUUUCAUGCAAAUAAUGGCUAAUAAUGUCGUUUCACAGCUCUCUAGUCUGCCCAACUGGCAGGGGACUAGUGCCAACCUUUCUCUGAUCGCCAGGCAGGCCAGCUUCAUUGAGUAUUACAGAUGGCUUUCUUAUCUCUUACUCUUCAUCCUUGACCUGAUCAUCUGCCUUGCAACAUGCUUAGGAUUAGCGAAACGCUCCAAGUGUCUGCUCAUAACGAUGCUGGGUUUUGGGUUGAUGACUGUAUUAUUAAGCUGGACAUCUCUGGCACUUGAUACAUCCUCUUCUGUGGGUACCAGUGAUUUCUGUGUGGCUCCUGACAAAUUCAUUAUGAACAUGACACAUGAUCAAGUCAGUACAGAAGUUAUUCACUAUUACCUAUACUGCAGCCAAAGUCUUAGGAAUCCUUUCCAGCAGGCUCUCACUGUCUUCCAGAAGUCACUCACCACCAUGCAAAUACAAGUUCAAGGCUUACUUCAGUUUGCGGUUCCCAUAUUCCCCACUGCCAAGAAAGACCUCCAGGGCAUACAGCUCCUGCUGAACUCGUCCGAGUCUAACCUGCACCAAAUCACAGCACUGCUGGACUGUAGAGGGCUCCAUAAGGAUUACGUGGAAGCUCUUAUCGGCAUUUGUUAUGACGGGGUUGAAGGUCUUCUCUAUCUGGGCCUGUUCUCUCUCCUGGCGGCAUUUGCAUUCACUGCCAUGGUAUGUGCCGUACCACGAGCCUGGAGACAUUUGAUCGCAAGGGACAGAGACUACAAUGACAUUGAUGAGGAAGAUCCAUUUAACCCACAAGCUCGCCGUAUAGCAGUGCAUAACCCUAACCGGGCACAGCUGAGGAGUUUCUGUAGCUUCAGCAGCAGUUUAGGCAGCCAGGCCAGCUUACAACCACCUACUCAGACCGUCUCCAAUGCACCAGUUGCCGAGUACAUGAACCAGGCCGCUCUGUUUGGCGGAAAUCCUCGUUACGAGAAUGUGCCGUUGAUUGGGAGAGGAUCACCUCCUCCCACGUACUCUCCGAGUAUGAGGGCUACAUAUCUGUCAGUAAAUGAAGAGCCAUCCAGUAUAUAUGGGAAUGAGUAUCCAGCUUAAUGCUACUUGUCUGGACCCCAUCCUCUACCACUGCACUGCAUUCAUCUUGUGGUGAGGCCUGUGGACAUCUCUGCUGCAAAGAGUUCAUAAUUUGUGGCUGACGGGGAUAUUGAGACACCGGCAUAUUGGAUUGAGAGGAAACGGCAUUCCUGAGAUGGUGGAGAAUGCACAGGAAUCUGACAUGAAUUGAAGGGGAUCGCACUACGUUCGCGCUUGUGACCUACUUGGGAAGAAAUGCAACAAACUUCGGGUGGACAUAUGAUUUUCGUGGGGGAAAUUCCACCUACCCAAUUUUUAAAACAAAAAUGUCAGCAUCACAAUAUUUAUAUAAAGUAUGCAUAGCAUACAUAUACUACAAACCUAUAAAUACCAAAACAUAUAGUGAGUGUACAUACUAAUGUCGCUGUUUAACAGUUUGCAACUCGCAACAGUCUUGCAAAUAAACACUGGAAGAAUGGUUUGGUUCUGGGUGGCCACCUGCUGGCCACCAGUGGUAGCAGCUGCUGGAUGAUGGAGUUAUAUUUUUAUUAAGUUUGUUUUGUUUUGUUUUUGUUUUUUACAUUUCCAGCUUUCCAAUCAAUUUACCUGGGAGGGAAGAACAGAACUUGUAAUAUUGCCAUACACCUGUGUAGGCUCUCAACCAUAUCGACAUUAGGGCUGUCUGUCUUUUUUUUCUUUAUGUACAAUAAUCAUCUUUUACUAUAUUUUGCUACAUUGUCUCACAACCAGGGCGUUGAUGUCAUUUAUUUUAAUUAAAAGUUGCUGUUCAAUUUUCA